AUGGAAAUAAAUACCAAUGGAACUUUGCAAUCUGCUGCGGUUGCUGUGACAUAUAAAGAGUAUAAUGACACUUACAAUAGCUCAUCUAAUGACCAAGGAGAUUCCCAUUAUUACCCAUUUAAAAUAUUUAUACUAAAUGUCUUCAUUUUAGUUACCUGCUGUGUGGGAUUUUUGGGGAAUGGAACUGUCAUCUGGCUUCUUGUUUUCCACAUUAGGAGGAAACCGUUCACCACCUACAUCCUUAAUUUGGCUGUUGCUGACUUUGCAUUCCUCCUGAGCUUAGAGAUCUAUGCUUUUACUAGGUUUCCUGAUUAUGUUCUUCAUGGUAUUGCUGUUUGUCUCUUAUCCUUCACAUACAACACUGGCCAACUUCUUCUGACAGCCAUCAGCAUUGACAGAUGUUUGUCUGUCCUCUUCCCUAUUUGGCAUCGGUGUGUCCGGCCGACCCAUUUGUCCACCACUGUGUGUGCCCUCAUAUGGCUCCUCUCCUGUCUGCUCGGCGUAAUGCUCUACAUUCUUGAAAACUAUUACACCUUUCCAUAUUGGUUAUCAGAAACAGGCCAAUAUGUCUUGACUGGACUGCUUUGCCUCCCACUUGUGACAAUUUCAACUGUGAUCCUUUUCAUCAAAGUCUGUUUUAAAUCACACCCACGAAAGCGGGGAAGGCUUUUAACGGUUAUUUUACUUACACUCCUCUUUUUCCUCGUGCUUGCUUUCCCCCUCAAUGCCCUUCUUCUUGUUUUAUCCUUUGUGGGCUUGAAUAUUUCUGGUCUAUUCCAUUAUGCCAUUUUGUGUGCCUCCCUCAACAGCUGCGUGAACCCCUUCCUCUAUUUUCUGGUUGGGAGGAGGAAGGGAGGUCAGUCUAGGGAGAGUCUUCUGGCCAUCCUCCAGCGGGUUUUGAAUGAGGAGGAGAAUGGCAGACAGGAAAUGGGCGCUCCUUGUUCGAACCCACUGAGGAACCUUUCAUAA